GUUUGUUCUUAUCUUCAAAAUUAUUGUUCUGGUCUCCAUUCGUUCCUCUAUCAAACCGGCUAUUUCUCUCGAAACUAUUCUCAGUGCAGGGAGUUUUUUUAAAGGUGCAAUUCAGAGAACGUAUGCACAUAUUGAAGCGAUUGUAUUACAUCAUUAACCGUCAUGAAGUACUUGGAAUACACCCCUUUCGAGCGAAUAAAUGCUUUUCUAGAUCACCUAAAUCUUGGAGAGAGGACCAUUAAAGGAUGUAUUGAAGCUUACUCCUGCAAGCAUACAGGAACUGAUAAGAGGCUUUCUCUCAGUUUAGAAAAUGAGAUUCUUGAUUAUGUUGGGAACUCUCCUGAUGUCGACUCUGCCUCACCGGUUGAAUAUCUUUCGAGUAGAUCCAGCCGAAAGAUGUUGAUCUAUCUGAUUCUCACAUUAUAUCACAUGUAUCCAGAUUAUGACUUCAGUGCAGUGAAAGCUCACCAGUUUUUCACAGAGGAAACCUGGGAUGGUUUUAAGCAAAUUUUUGACAGCUACAUGUCUGAUGCAUCUAAGGAAUGGAUCGAGGCAACUGAAGAUGGUUCCCUACUGGAAACCUUAUACAAAGCUCUAGACGAGGUCAUCAACCUAGCAGAAUGUGAAGUUUAUAGCUAUGACCCCAACUCUGAUGCUGAUCCAUUCAUAGAAAAAGGAGCUUUGUGGUCAUACAAUUUCUUCUUCUACAAUAGAAAACUCAAGCGUGUUGUGAGCUUUCGUUUCAGCUGUUUAAGCAACCUGGUGAGUGACGGGUUUCCUGCGGAUGGAUACUACGAGGAAGAUGGUGAAAUAUUUGACGAUAUGGACAUGUGAUGUGGAAAAAUAGCAUGUUAAUAUAUGUGUAGGACCUCAAAUUAGUGUACAAAAUGGUAGACCUGACUGCUUGCUGUAUGUAGGUGUAGUUUGGGAUGAAAGUAAAACUUGKGUUGGUUGGUUACUUACUAGUAGGAGGUUUAGAGAAGCCUGUAUGUAGAAACAGCCAGUUGAUUGUGAGUAGGAAUGCAAGAUCUUGUUGCUUCUCUCACUUUCAGUUGGUCACUUGUCUAAUGGUUAACUUGCUCCAGGCUUUAUAACUGAUUUAAAAUGUUUCUGUUUUUUGAUUCUCUGGGAA